AUGCUACCUCCCCGGCGAAGACGUCGGGGUAGGCGCAGUGAUCGGCUGGUUAAACUCAAGAUCUCUUUAGCGCACCAUCCCACUACCGUCAAAGGAAUACAGAGAUUAUUUCCUGGAGUUUUUGUGCACCGACGUUUCCUGGACCCCGUGGAUUCCUGCCUCAUCCCCGUGGUCUGCCAGGAUGACGCGCCGCUCCUCCGUGACCCCUGUCCUCCUCAGCUCAACGUGCGCCGGGCAAACCUCCGCAAUCUGAGGCCGCUGUGUCGGACUCCCUGUGCCGCUGGGGCUUUUACCUCAUCCCCGGCUCCUGUCAGGAUUGGGCUGGUAAACGCCAGAUCGCUGGUGAACAAAUCUUUUAUUCUGAAUGAGUCAUUCAUCUCCUGGAAACUAGACUUCAUUCUGUCGGGCUGUCUGAUCACAGAGGAAGGCUGUACUUCUCUGGCCUCAGCUCUGAGCUCCAACCCCUCCCAUCUGAGAGAGCUGGACCUGAGCUACAAUCAUCCAGAUGACUCAGGAAUGAAGCUGCUGUCGGCUGGACUGAAGGAUCCAGGCUGGAGACUGGACACUCUCAGGGUGGAGCCUGCUGGAGUCCGAUGGUUGAGACCAGGUCUGAGGAAGUAUUCCUGUCAACUCACAAUCGACACAAACACAGUGAACACAAACCUCCAACUGUCUGACAACAACAGGAAGGUGACACAUGUGGAGGAGGUUCAGUCAUAUCCUGAUCAUCCAGACAGAUUUGAUGUUUGGCCUCAGCUGCUGUGUAGGAAUGGUCUGACUGGUCGCUGUUACUGGGAGGUCGAGUGGAGAGGAAACGUUGAUAUAUCAAGCAGCAGUGUAUGUGGACUGUCCUGCUGGCACUCUGUCCUUCUACAGAGUCUCCUCUGACACUCUGAUCCACCUCCACACCUUCAACACCACAUUCACUC